CAAAAUUCUAUUGCUCUUCCGACAACUGCCCCCCUUUCAAACCAAAAGAGGGCUAUUUUUGAGAAAGUAAAGCCAAUUAUUGAGGCAGCAGGUGCUUCUGGAGUCAACAUAUUGUGCUUGCAAGAAGCAUGGAUGAUGCCAUUUGCUUUCUGUACCCGGGAGAAGGGGUGGUGUGAAUUUGCAGAGCCAGUUGAUGGGGAAUCGACGCGGUUUCUUCAGGAUCUUGCAUUAAGAUUCAACAUGGUUAUUGUAAGUUCCAUUCUUGAGAGAGAUGUUAAUCACGGAGAAACUUUGUGGAAUACUGCCGUUGUUAUUGGAAAUAAUGGAAACAUAAUUGGCAAGCAUCGCAAGAACCAUAUACCGAGAGUUGGCGACUUUAAUGAAAGCACAUACUAUAUGGAAGGAAACACCGGGCAUCCUGUGUUCGAGACAGCCUUCGGGAAAAUUGCAAUAAAUAUAUGUUAUGGGAGGCACCACCCUUUGAACUGGUUAGCUUUCGGGUUAAAUGGUGCUGAGAUUGUUUUCAAUCCUUCGGCGACCGUUGGUGAACUCAGCGAACCAAUGUGGCCUAUUGAGGCCCGAAAUGCUGCAAUAGCAAACAGUUAUUUUGUCGGAUCGAUCAAUCGUGUUGGGACUGAGAUUUUCCCGAAUCCAUUCACUUCAGGCGAUGGGAGACCGCAACAUACAGAUUUCGGUCACUUUUAUGGAUCCAGCCAUUUCUCUGCACCAGAUGCAUCUUGCACUCCCUCACUCUCUCGUUUUCGAGAUGGUUUAUUAAUCUCUGACAUGGAUCUUAACUUGUGUAGGCAGCUGAAAGAUAAAUGGGGGUUCCGAAUGACUGCUCGAUAUGAGUUGUAUGCCGAAAUGCUCGCUCGGUAUCUAAAGCCUGAGUUUGAGCCUCAAGUCAUUUCUGAUCCUUUGUUAAACAAGAAGGCUUCUUGAAGAAUAGGCAACUGCUCGCAGAGCUUUCUCGACGUUUUAGAAUGGAGACGAGGCUUUUUAUCCCAAACCAUCUCCUUAUUGCACACACAAACCAUAAUUGGAAUGAGAAGUAGGUCCAUGUAAAUGGUCGAUACCUCGCAAACAACAACGCUCCUUCCCCAUAUGGAGUUUGGAACCCAAAGGCAAUCGUUGAGUGAACUGUAUCUUCUUUGUGUUAAUUGACCUAAGUCACACCACUACUGCUGGGGUGGGGCUCAGCCUUCGAACCGUACGUGAGACGAGUUUCUGCCUCAUACAGCUCGGGCCGAAGACCGGGGGAAGAUUAGGAGAGAUGGGGAAACCGAUUCCACUAUUGAAAAGUGUUUCCUCAUAUUUUCUUUCUUGUCUAUCUUCGAACAACCUAAGGAAGGUACCUCACAAGCUUUUGGAUUUCAUGGCUAAGACUGACUUUCGCAGAUUUUAGGUGAGGGUGGAGGAGUAGGAUAGGAGGUGAGUGGUUGAUAUACCGGGGAGAUUUUGGCAAUAAGGGUGGUGCUAGGGCUCCAGACAAUUUGGAAGGAGGAGUUGGAUCAUAAAUCAGAGUUUCUUCCAAUGUUUGAAGAGGCAGAAUGAUAACAAAAAAGAAUUGUACAUCAUCAUUUUUUUUUUAAUUGUAUCAUGUAUUUACUAUUUUUAAUUUGUUGAUAUGGUCA